AUGCCUGUGCUAUACGUUCGACUUCGAGCCAUCUCGUGCUGGGUUCUAAAACUUUCUCCAUGGAUGCAGUUGGUUCUUGCUAACUUCUGCAAAUCUCAGCAAAGCUGCCUGGGGAGCUCUUCAGAAGAACAUUCUCAGUUGAUGAUCCGUUCUUACGAGCUUGGUGUGCUAUUUUUACCUUCUGAUAUCGAAGAAUACGGCCGUGAAUUUUCUUGCACCGCUAAUGGAGGUUCAUCAAAGGGUAUCGUUAAAUCAAACUCGAUCGGCAAUUCCGUAGCAACAAAAACGAAGCUAGUUACUCUUGCUUGGCAAGGAAGCAAGACAUCCGAAGUAAUUCCGUUGCCCUGCCGUACGACUCCCUCCCGAGCUGUACUCAUCCGAAGAUGUCCGUGGUCUUGGGACCGACGAUACACGAGGAAGGAUGUGUACGGUCAGAUUUGGCCUCGACGGUAUGUGCUUUUUAAACGAGUCUCUUUAGAUUGCACAUGCGGAUUCUUUAGUCAACAGAUUAAUCGUGCUCCUAUGGGCAUUUAUGGAAUUUACUCACAAGAUUUUGAGAUAAUCCCUUUAUUACUCGUCAAAUGA